AGUUUUUAUGUUACUUUGCAGAUACACACGUAUGGAUAGGAAAGAACGGCAAUGCACCUUCGAAUGACGGUGAAUCAAUUUACCGUUUCACUUAUAACGUUGCGAUGAAUGAUGAAACUCUGGGGGACCUAGAUCUACCAAGUGGGGAUUUGGUCACAGAUCUGAAAUGGAUUUCUGUCUGGUGUAAACUAGUCAGUGCUUCGUUUGACGAAAUCACCGUGCCUAGUACUUUUACUCCUCCAGCGGAGACAAACCUCGGUCAACUCUCUGGAACAUUCGGACUUUCUGCUUCCUCUGUCGUCAUUGUUAACGAUCAAAGGAUAAGAUUUGAAGGAUUCAAUUACGAUGGAUCUUGUUCUGGUGCACAGUUUUGGUCAGGAAAUGGUCCAGUGCCAUCUAGCAGUGGACAUAAUGUUCCGGAUGAGAACGGAAAUACAUCUCCUCUGAGCUCGUAUUCAGGUGGCGAUAUCGAACUGGUCCUUCCCAACGAUGAAUCGGUGUUUGACAUCGAUUAUAUUGGUGUGUGGUGUCAAGACGCUGAUGUCGGCCACGUCGUCAUCCCACAACAGAGUUCACUCAACAUUCCUCCACGCCCGUUGUAAUACGGCUGUGUACUCACUGGCAAUUUAUUAUGCUUUUCACUUUUUCGUCUUUCGUUUAAAGGUCAAGUCCACCUAAGAAGAAUGCUGAUUUGAAUCAAUAGAGAAAAAUCAGACAAGCAUAAUGCU